AUGGAGGAGCUGGACCAAGAGGGCUGCAUGCUGAAACAAGCCAUAGAGUUCCUGAGGGGAGUCCCUGACUUAAGGAACACAGCCGGCUACCCAAAUGACACAGCCCCAGUGGGGAAUGCUGCAGCUGUACCCACAACCACAGGGGCAUCCAUUCCCACAGCACCAGCAGUCACCUCAACUCUGCAGUUACCCACAGGUCCAACACUCCAGCCUGUACCACCAGCUGGAGUUGCGCCAGCAAGGUCACAAGAUACUGACCUUCGAUGUGAAGUUCAACGGAGACCCCACGCAACUGGGGUUCUUCCGGGUGCAAGUCUGGACCUACAUGCAAAAAUAUGGGAAGAAGAAGAACGUUUGAGAAAUAAAAUUCGCGCAGAUCAUGAAAAAGCACUAGAGGAAGCGAAAGAGAAACUGAAGAAGUCAAGAGAUGAGAUCCAAGCAGAAAUUCAGACAGAGAAAAACAACAUUGUAAAAAGUUUGAAAAGCAAAAGUAGCAAUCCUCUGCCACCAGUCCCUGUGCCAAAUCUUGUAGGAAUAAACAGUGGAGAUCCAGUGGAUCCAGAUAUACGAGAAAAAAGAGAUAAAAUUAAAGAGAUGAUGAAACAUGCCUGGGAUAAUUAUCGGCAGUAUGGAUGGGGGCAUAAUGAACUGAAACCUAUUGCUAGGAAAGGACAUUCCACAAACAUAUUUGGCAAUUCCCAGCUGGGAGCAAGCAUAGUAGAUGCAUUGGAUACCCUCUAUAUAAUGGGCCUUCAUGAUGAAUUCAGAGAAGGACAGGAAUGGAUUGAGAAUCAUCUUGAUUUUAGUGUGAACUCAGAGGUAUCUGUCUUUGAAGUCAACAUUCGUUUCAUUGGUGGCUUGCUUGCAGCUUAUUACCUCUCAGGACAGGAGCUAUUCAAGAUAAAAGCAGUGCAAUUAGCAGGAAAGCUCAUCCCGGCCUUCAAUACACCCACAGGGAUUCCUUGGGCAAUGGUGAAUUUGAAAAGCGGUGUAGGUCGCAAUUGGGGCUGGGCUUCCGCUGGCAGCAGCAUCCUCUCAGAGUUCGGUACACUUCACAUGGAAUUUGUACACCUCAGCUAUCUGACUGGCAAUCCUGUCUACUAUGAAAAGGUUAUGCAUAUUCGUAAACUGCUUCAGAAAAUGGACCGUCCUAACGGACUUUAUCCAAACUACUUGAAUCCAAGAACUGGGCGCUGGGGGCAGC